GUGGGUGGCGUUCAAGCGCGCCUGCGACGCCGCCAAGGAGCCACCAUCGCCCCUGUCGGAGGCCGCGAAGGAGUCCAACAUGACCUCCCUCAGGACGUUGGCCCCCCGGGUGCUUCCCGAGAUGUUCAAGGCGUACGUCAAGGUCCACGAGGAGAGCGAGGGGCGGGAUCUGUCGAUCAGCAGCCACAGCAAGCUCCUUGCGCUCAGCGCCGUGCAGGCCUACGCCAGCAUCGCCGAACCAGAGCUGGUGGGGGGGCUCUUCAAGAAUUUGGUCGCCAUGCUCCUCAAGGCCAUCGCAGGGCAGCAGCCCGCCAACGCCGAGGCGUCUGCUGAGCAGCAGGCCGCUGCGCUGUCUGACCUCGCCAAUGCGAUCCUGCCGCACCUGUCGGCGGAGUUCUUGGACCUCGCACUCAAGGUCUUCACCCCGCUGCUCAGCAGCGCCGAGGGCGAGGCGGAGGGCGGCAGGGCCCGCGCGCUGGCCCUGCAGAAGGGCGGCUACAAGGCGAUCCGCGGCAUACUGGAGCAUCCUGCCACGGGCAAGGUCGGCGACCCGGAGAAGAUCCUGGGCCUGUGG